AUGGCAAGGAGAUCGGAAAUCCCCAUUAGUGAUAGGGGGGCAAGACGACGUCUGUCGAUAAAUAUAACAAAUAAUCUACCCCCAAGUUCUUCUUCAUCAUCAUCUUCAUCAUCUAAGGAAAUUAACUUGGGUGAAGAUGAAUUAAUUCAAACAUAUGUGGAUCAAAACAGAAUAUUAGCUAAAAGAAAUGCAAUUUACUCCACCAAAAUAACAGAAUUAGAAAAUAAAUUAAAUCAAUCUAACUUGGAGAAUACUAGACUACGCAAUACGCUUUUGUCUUUAGUAACUUCCAUUGAGUCGAAUGUGAUGACUAAUGUCAACAAUAUCUUACAACUGAUUCAACAAUCAAGAAUAACUAAUGGAUUACCAAGAAACGCACAGCUAGACUGUUUGGGCCAACUGGAAAGACCAGAAACUUCCACCCCUUUAAAUUCAACAUCGUCAACACCAGCUUUUAAUAUCGAGGAAAGUACCGUUAAAGAAUCCAAAACUAACAACUAUGGUGUUCCUCAAUAUUUCAAAAGAAAAUCACCAGAAGAAAAGGAAGAGCUAUUAGAAAAGUUUUCAACAAUUUUGGAACAACUGGAAUCAGAUGAUUUGGUGACGGUCGCCAAUAUUACCACUACCACAAAAAACGAAGAUAGAACCACUUGGGAACUACCUCCAGCAAGUAGUGAAUCAAAAUUGCCCUUGGAAUCUACGUUCAAUGAGAAAAUUUCUGUAUUACAAGAAGACCUGGAACAAACAAAUACUAAAAUAAUGGAGAAUCCAAGCUCAAGUUCAAGUUCAAGUUCAGGUUCACAAAUCAACAGUGAUGAGCCUAUAUCCACACUCAAACUGAAAUCAAAGACAACCAAAGAAACCGAAGAAAAGGGUAAAAAACCUAGUAGCAAAACAACUAAAAAAUCUACUUCUUUGGUUAAAACUGAAGAGAAGCCAAAUACUGAAACCGUAGCAACUGAACCAGUGGUAACUGCACGUGCAUCAUCAGAAGAACUUCCUCCAAGAAGACCUUCACGGAAUAGAAAAGAAGUGAGCUACAAGCCAUUAUCCAUGCGUGCUAAAAUGAGAAGAGAAUCUAUAAAAAUGUUGGAUGCUGUUGGUGAUAAUGUGUUAAUAAAUUAUUCCACGAGUUCGAAAAAAAGAGCCAAUGAAUCACAACAACAACAAGAACCAAAAGAUCCAGAAGAACCUCAAAAUAAACGUAAAGCAUUAUCUAAUAUAACCAAUACAGCAAAGUCAACAAACAAAAAGCAUCAAUCAUUAGACCCAUUUGCUCAGGCUGAUUUAUCAAUAUUUGAUUUUCAAGAGGAUAAAAAAUCACAAAGAAAUCGUAGAUAUACAACCAUUGGCUAA